GUCCACCAGGGGGCGCUGCCUCUGAACGCGGUCAGCGGCGUUACAUGUGACAUUGACAUCAACAGAGGCGCAAUGAGGCUGACCGCUCUAGUGUCGAUGGCAGCCAGGGUUGUGGUGCCCAAACAUUACCGCUUCACCACAAACAGACCGUGGACGCCGGCUGCGAGGAAGCAGAAUCCUCCGGGGCAGAAGAGGAGGAAGGUGUUCGUGGAGCCUCUAGCAGCGCAGGACUGGUCUCUGCUCAGAGGGGACACCGUGGAGAUUCUCGCAGGAAAGGACAAAGGAAAGCAAGGAAAAGUGAUCCAAGUCUUCAGACACAGAAACUGGGUUAUCCUGGAGGGGCUGAACACACAUCACAGGUAUAUUGGAAAAACUGGAGAUUACCGUGGUACCUACUUAGCCAGCGAGGCUCCCAUUUUGGUCCGAGAUGUCGCCCUCAUUGACCCCACAGACAGGAAACCCACUGAGGUGGAGUGGAAAUUCACAGAGGAGGGCGAGAGAGUCCGAGUGUCUCUCAGGACGGGUCGAAUCAUUCCAAAACCUGUUGUGGAGCGACGAGAUGGUAUCGUGCCACAGCAGUGGAAAGACGGUCCCAAAGACACAAGUCCAGAAGACACUCUAGAAAAGACCUUUGUACCAUCUCUGAAAACUCUGGAGGAGGAAGUCAUGGAGAAAAUGGGCAUCCAGGAACCCAGAAGGAACCGAAGGUCCUACUGGUACUGACCAGAGAAAUCAGAGACACUCAGGCCUCGUUGUGCUAUCCAGUUUUCACCGGGCCUCUGAAGACACCAUGUUGUGGUGGGAGUCGAGCAGAAUAACAUGUUAAAAAGAGACCGUGUGAGGAAGACAUGAGUAAGGCUUAUGGACUGUAAAAUACUGGCGCAACAUACAUAUUAUUGAGGAAAUGAUAGCUUUGUGUAAAUAUGAGGCAGUGAAACAGAUGUGCAAACAAAGUUGAUAACAGACCUGAAACAAUGUUUCCUGAAUGGGUUUCAAUCAUCCUCUAUUUACAGUGCUAUCAGAGUUUGUAUUAUGUUUCUUUCUUUGUAAGGGUUAUUAAAUGUCACACAUAAACCAAUAUAAUGGCUUGAACUUUGAUGUAUAUUGGAGUUAACUAAAUGUUUCAGUAAAGGAUCUUAUUAUGUUCUCUAACAACAAUACUAUUAAACCACAAGAUAAGAUAUAAACACUUUUAAACUUAAAAUAUACUUUAAUUUAAAUUUAACAAGACUUUUGGUCUCCAUUAAUUUACAAGCACGAGAGCUAUACAUUUUCAUUUGCUAAACUUGAAUUUUAAAGCUGCCCUUAUCACUAUUUUAUAUUAACAGUGAUGACUAAUGUGGAGAGAAUUAUUAUCAGACUAUGCGGUUCACUUGAGCUCAGUGGAGUGUUUUUUUUUUCAGUGUACAAGUGACUAGAAAAAUGUAUUAAUGCAGGUUUAUUUUUCCAAAACUUAAAAGGUUUUGCUGUGAAAAAUGAGCAUCAAUAUACAGUCAUUUGGGAGGAAAACGUUUAGCAAAUUUUCCCACCCUAAGCAAAUACUUUACAAAAAAAUAUUCAUUGAGCAGGAAUGAAACAUUAUUAAGUAGAUAAGAAACUUAUGAAAACAGCAUUUCAGCUAACAUGACCAUGUUGAGUAAGCUUGUAUCAGUGUAGACAUUACAAGAAUGGUGAAAACAGUAGCCUCCUUCUCAGUGAUAAUAAAUCACUUGACAUUUUGUGUUGUUGAAUGCUUCGUAUAUACUGUGCAGUCUGCAUGAUUGGAAAAUUAUUCUUGCUAUUGGCAGGAUUAAUAAUGGUAAUCGUUGCAGCCUGUUUGGAUUAUUCAUAAGGCUGAAAAUAGUCAUAUUAUUUUACAAAAGCCCAGACAUGCCUCUCUCCAAAGCCUUUAGACAAAUGAGUCUCUCUUUCCAACGUGUCUGGGAAACAGUGUGGAGAAGGAAAUGGCAUAGGAGGAGACUACACAGACUGGAUAGUUUCAACAAAGUUUUCACUCACCUCAUUUGACUUUUUAUACACUGGCUCUGCAUGUUAUUCCUGGGAUAUGUGACCGGUUUUGCAUCAGGUUUCAAAAAUGACCUCACCCUUGAAUUUAUAUGAUGAAGUAAGUUUGUUAAACUAAGAAAAACAUUUCAGACUUUAUAGCAAAAAUCACUGUAUAUUUAAAAAGAUUUCAGUUUCUUGUUCA